AUGGCGAGCCUCGCCAGCCCGUCCUGGGGACACGUGGCGGGCCAUGCCAUUCCUGUCCCGGGACACUUAGCGGGCCACACUCACCCGUCCGGAAUGCGGGGCAGACCCCACCCGCCAUUCCCGGGACGAGUGAAGGCCCCGCCCGCCCAUCCCUGGACAUAUGGGGGACCCCGCCCGCCUGUCCAGGAUGCGUGGCGGGGCCAGCCCGCCUGUUCCGGGGACUCGUGGCGAGCCCCUCCCGCCCGUCCCAGGAUGGGUGGCAGGCCCAUACCCGCCCGUUCCAGGAUUCAUGGCGGGCCACGCCCGCACCAUCCCAGGAGGCGUGGCAGGCCCCGCCCGCCCGUCCCGGGAUGCGGCGGGCCUAGCCCGCCCAUCCCUGGACACGUGGCGGGUCUCACCCACCGUCCUGGCCAACAUGUGGCGGCCACCACCCGCCCGUACCGGAACACGUGGCUUGCCCCUCACCCGCCCGUCCCGGGGACACAUGGUGGGCGCCGCCUGCCUAUCUCAGGACCCGUUGAGUGA